UUGGCCGGCCGCUUCCGGGAUUUGCAAAAUGGAGGACGGGGGCGGCGGCGGCGGGGUUGAUGGCGAUCGGGGCGAGGGGCCUGGCGCCGUUCCCAUGGCGACGACGCUGUUCCGCUGCCCACUCUGCCGGUGCAGCGCUUUCGCCGGUCGGCGCAGCCACCUCUACAGCGCGGGGCACCAGAGGCGGCUUCGCGGGGUGCUCGCCCGCCUGAAGGAGAAAGUGGCCGCAGCGCGGAAGAUGCUCAAGCGGGCCUUGGUGGUGCCUUUUGACCCUGGGGAGCAUGAGCGACAAUUCUGGUGCGUUUGCUGCAGGCAGGAGGUGAAGUUGCACCUGAGCCAGGGGUCCUUGGCUGUGCUGCAUGGCGGCCUUCUCCAGCACAUGGCCAGCGUUGAACAUAAGAAAGCAGUCUAUGCAUUCUGGUGGGAGAACAGAGCAGACCCUAGCCUGAAGUCACGCUUCUUGGUUUCCUCUGAGGAUUAUGAGCUCUUCAAGGCAUCACUCUCCAAAGCUCUGGAUGCUUAUGAGGAAAAAGAAGAUGAGCUCAUUCAAGAGGUGGCUGCUCGCAUCAGAGAGGUGGAGCAGAGACGGCAAGAAGUAGUGCAGGCUGCCUUAGAGCAACAGGCAGAGACAGAGCUGUGCAAUGGAGCUGCCACCGCCAAUGCUUUUACAGGAAGCCCAAGUGACUCUGCUUUUGCCACGGAAGAACAAGAGCAGCUUGGGCCAAGCAGAAACCUGACAUUUCUUGAAGGACACCCUGGAUCUGCAUACAGAACCGUGCCAGAGUCAGAGUGGCAGGAAGCAGGACAGUCUUUAACUUUUAUUGGCCAUCAGGAGCCAGCAGAGCACGGCAACAUUUACACAGGGGCCAAACCCCCUUGGCUGAUGGAGGAGGAAGGGGAAAGUACAGCACAGAUUGGACCUUCGUACGAAGAAUUUCUCAAGGAAAAAGAGAAACAGAAGCUGAAGAAGCUUCCACCUAAUCGUGUUGGUGCCAACUUUGAUCACACCUCUCAGACAGGAGAAGGGUGGCUCCCCUCUUUUGGGCGGGUUUGGAACCAUGGCAGGAGGUGGCAGUCCAGACAUCAGUUCAAAUCUGAAGCACAGAAACACCCUGGCCCUAAAAGGAAACAGCAAAAAACUGACUGAAGAGAAGAAAGGCCGGAUUCAAUUACAGAAGGUUGUGCAGCCUGAGAAGAGGCCAGAUGAAAAUUUCUUUUUGAGCAUU